GCUGUUAUUCAAACUAAAAUAAUAAAUUUGUAUAAUAUGUAUUUAUUAUACACACUUACAUAGAAAACAAUUCUCCAAAUUUAAUUACAAUGUAUCUUCAUCAUUUAAAAUGGUAAGUAUUUUUACUGUUCUCAUAUUACUCAUUCAUAGCCAGAAUUUAUGAUACAAUCUUGUAGCCUGUACCAAUAAUUUUUCGUUGUUGUAAAUAACAAGUGGCAUAAGUAAGCAUGAUUUCAUAUUAAUUAUGAAUUUUUGUGAAACUAAUAGCAAUAUUUUUGAUUAAAUUUGCCAGCUAUCUGAUAGAUCAUCAUUUGAAUCAGUCAUUGUUCUAUAUAAACGAACUCGUGAUUAGAAUAAUAUACACCAUACAGAAAUACAAAACAUAACUGCCAAUGACGAGGAAGAAGUUAAACCUAUCUUACAUUGCCAAUGAUUCAAUGAGAAAAGCAACAUUCAAUAAGAGAAAGAAAGGGCUUGUCAAAAAAAUCCACGAGCUAUCCGUUCUCUGUGGAAUCGAAGCAUGUGCAGUGAUUUAUAGUCCGUUCAACUCAAACCCAGAGGUUUGGCCAUCAAAUCCAGAAGUUAAAAACGUAGUGGCAAAAUUUGAGAUGCUGACAAAGUUGGAGCAAGAGAAGAAAAUGGUGAGUCAUGAAAGUUUUAUCAGACAAAACAUCUCAAAAACUAUGGAGAAUAACAAGAAAAAGAUGAAGGACAAUGCGGAGAGGACGAUGAAAGAGGCUAUGUUCCAACUUCUUAGUGGGAAAGGAGAGAAGCUUAAGUUGACUGAUAUAAAUCGUGAAGAUUUGUGUAAGUACAUUGAUCAAUAUCUUAAAGAACUUUAUCAUCACAAAAACAAAUCCAUAAAUCAGUCAUAUAUUGAAUAUGGAGAAUCUUCUGAAGCUACUAGUAUCAUGGCGCCAACAUCUAUUUUGAUGCUUAUAAUCUCUUCAAGUCAGCAACUUCAGCAAGUUAAUACUUUUUUCAAUAAUUUUCUUUCUAGUGAAGCUGACCAGCAAAGUUAUUAUCCAGCGAUAAAUCCAGUUGGUGUUUAUGAUCAAAAUCCAAAUUUUAAUCAUCUUAGUCAUAAUCAAUAUCAACAACAGUUUGGAUAUGCGAUUGUGGCUCAAGAUAAAUUUUACAAUCCGGGUCAAAAUCAGGAGCAGCAUGAGGAAUGGUUGGAUGAUCAAGGAAAAGAGUAAUCCUUUGAUGGAUGACAACAACUUUUACUACCACCAACGGCCUAGAUAUGUAUUGUCUGUAUUUCAUGGAAUUAAAAUUAUUUAGUUAAUCAAUAUGUUUUAUUAUGUUGUUCUAUU